GCUCCCGUAGAAGUGAUCGGAACGGAUUGGUGUAGGGAACGGUUCCUGAGCUGCCGAGGUCGCUCUCCCCAAGUCCGGUCCCAAGGAAGACUGGGAACCACCUAGUGGUCCCGGAGUCUCCGGCCAGAGCAGCCCCAUAAGGGCUUCGUCCCGGAAGUCGUUUAGUUCAGGAGCGGAAACGGAAGCGAAUUACGAGAGCGCCUCGUGCGAUAGCUUUUGCCCGCUGAGCCGGGCUCGGCGGCAGGGCGUGAGAGGCUAGAGCCGGGGCAGGAGGAGAAGAAAGAGGAGGAGGAGGAGGAGGGAGCCGGCAGCCGGGGAUCGAUCAGUGCUGCUGGGUCUAGACCGGACGAACCCAGGCCCCAUGGCGGUCCGAGCCUCCUUUGAGAACAACUGCGAGAUCGGCUGCUUCGCCAAACUCACCAACACCUACUGCUUGGUGGCCAUCGGCGGCUCGGAGAACUUCUACAGUGUGUUUGAGGGCGAGCUUUCAGAGACCAUUCCAGUGGUACACGCUUCCAUCGCCGGCUGCAGGAUCAUUGGGCGCAUGUGUGUGGGAAAUCGACAUGGCCUUCUGGUACCCAACAAUACUACAGACCAGGAGCUGCAGCACAUCCGCAACAGUCUCCCAGACUCAGUACAGAUCCGUCGGGUGGAGGAGCGACUCUCAGCACUGGGCAAUGUUACCACCUGUAAUGACUAUGUAGCUCUUGUUCACCCCGACCUGGACAGGGAGACAGAAGAAAUUCUAGCUGAUGUACUCAAGGUUGAAGUCUUCAGACAGACAGUGGCUGACCAGGUGCUGGUAGGAAGCUACUGUGUUUUCAGCAAUCAGGGAGGGCUAGUGCACCCAAAGACUUCCAUUGAGGAUCAAGAUGAAUUGUCCUCUCUUCUCCAGGUUCCACUGGUGGCUGGUACUGUGAACCGGGGAAGUGAGGUGAUUGCAGCUGGGAUGGUGGUCAACGACUGGUGCGCCUUCUGUGGGCUGGACACAACUAGCACAGAGCUGUCAGUGGUAGAGAGUGUCUUCAAGCUUAAUGAAGCCCAACCCAGCACCAUUGCCACCAGCAUGAGGGAUUCCCUCAUUGACAGUUUAACCUGAGUGAUUGAUUACCUAUCGCGCCUGCUGCUUGGCCUCUUGAAUAAGCUCCAAUAUGGAUGGUGUAAGGCCCUGCAGAGAGAGUCUUAGCAUCUGUGAUUUGGGGCCUGGACCAUGGCUGGUGGGAGUACAUCAAAGCUUCCAAGACUGAUCUCCUAUAACUUCAUUUUUACUGUUUGGGGGGAAGGGGGGAAAAGGCCCUUAAAUGAGUUCACCUUGGCUCUUUGACCUCCACUGUCCUUCUAUCAUUAAAAGGCACACGAGCCCCUUGUCUAUA